AUGGCAACUCCUGAUACUGUAAAGCCGUUAGUGGACAGAAUCCUGUCCCAUCCGUUACACUUUAAGAUAUCAAACUCCAACCAAAAAAAAACGGAAAUGGAUGAAAAGGUAGAUUCAGAUGUAUCUAAUACAGUCCCGUACAUAAUGAUCGGGAAGUCCGAUGAGCCCAAUGGAAAUAACGAUGGGGGGCAAGAACCUUCCCAGGCAGGUUCAGAUCAAGAUUCUGGAGCUCCUGAAGGCCAUCAAAGAGAUUCCAAGAGGCGUAAAGUGGUUCCUAAAUCACUGCAAGAGGCUCUUAGUAUGUAUACUAAGGGCGAAGGUAAUUCCGAAACUAAUAGUGGUAGUACGAGUGAUUCUGAUGGUGAUAGAAACCAGAGUGGUAGUGAAGAAGUCUACCAUGAAGCCAAGGAAUUUGCAACUGGUGCCGGCGGGGAAGAAGAAGAUUUAGGUGAAGAUCUAGGGGUUUCUGAAGGGGGCACAGAUUUGAAUGACGAUAGCUCCAGUGAAGAAGAUCAAGAUUUCGAAGAUCAACCGGGGUCGGCUAGUGAGGUAGAUGAUAGCGAUGAAGAUGAUGAAAGCGAUGAGAGUGAUGAAGGUGCCAGUGCUGAAGAAAAAGAUGAAGAUGAUGAAGCUGCCGAAGAGGAUGAAAUUUCAGAAGAUGAAAAACUGCAGUUACAGCAAGAAGCCCUUGAGGCUAAAUCGAAGGAAAAUUCGAAAAGCGCUAGUGCAACACCGGUUCCGGAAUCUAAAUCGCAAAGCGUCGACAUUUCUUCUUUUUACCAGUUUAAUGAAGAGGUUAAUGAUGCAGGUUCAGUUAAGGGCCACCGUAUUGUCAAGAAUUGGGGCCCUUAUUUGACAAAUCUAAGGCCAAAAGGUCUGCUCAACCAUGGGGUCACGUGUUACACCAAUGCCGCUGUGCAGGCGAUGGUCCAUAUUCCAGCUGUUCAGCACUAUUUGUUUGACAUCUUGCGUGGCAAACACUCUGACAAAGUCAGUCCUGAUUCUGUCUCAUAUGCUUUUGCAGAAAUUACGAAAAGGAUGUGGUCACCACAGGAUAAGUCCAAGAAAAAGCGUCAAUCACUUCAGUACAUUAAUCCUAAAAAAUUGAUUGCUAGAUUGGACGAUAUCAAUUGCAUGAUGAGUGUGUGGCAACAAGAGGACUCCCAUGAAUAUUUUAUGUCGCUUAUGUCCAGGUUACAAGAAGAUUCCGUACCAAGAGGUCACAAAUUGACAGAAUCCAUUUUGUAUGAUAUCUUUGGUGGUGUUUUGGAGCAAGUGGUCACUUGUAAAUCUUGUGGUAGCAUUUCUAAAACCGAGCAACCAUUUUACGAUCUAUCAUUGCAUCUAAGAGCUAAGAAGAAACAAAGUAACGGUGUGGAUAGUUCCCAAAAUGAUCAGAAUUCCAAUAAUGAUUCACAACAACCAUUACAGCAGCAGCAACAACAACUACAGCAGCAGCAACAACAAGAACAAAAUUCCAGGAAAUUUUCCAUCGAAAAAUCUAUAAGUGAUUUCUUUUCACCUGAACUGAUAAAAGUCGACAAAGAACAAAAAGGUUAUGUUUGCGAACGUUGCCACAUGACUACAAAUGCCAUUAAACACAAUUCCAUACUGAGGGCACCAGAAACUCUCUUAGUUCAUUUAAAGAAAUUUCGUUUCAACGGUACGUCUUCAUCAAAGAUGAAGCAAGCCGUGUCAUAUCCAAUGUUUCUGGAUUUAACAGAUUAUUGCGUGGAGGGUAAAGAAUUGCCAUUAAAGUACCAAUUGAUUACAGUAGUCGUACAUGAAGGUAGAUCACUCUCGUCAGGCCAUUAUAUCGUACACUGUAAACAACCGGAAGGUCAUUGGGCAACCUAUGACGAUGAAUACAUCAACAAUAUCAAUGAAAAAGAUGUCCUAAGAGAACCUAAUGCAUACUAUUUGGUCUACACUAGACUAACACCCAAGGAAGCUCCCCUACGGUCAUCACCGCUAGUGGCUAAAGAUUGGGAGAUCCCAGAUCAAUCUUCUACCUCUUCAGGAACUCCAAUAUCAUCACCAAAGGGCAAUAAGCAUAAUAACAAUAAUAAGAAGUGGAAGAAGAACAAAAAGAGAAGAUUCAACCAAUAG